AUGCACAAUCCAAGAGACUCUCACGGACAAGCCAUCAAACACAUAUUGCCGUAUGUGAAAGUAACAACAAACUUCGGUCUGUUCUUGAAGGGACAUGGGUCAAGGAGUGUCGUUGGUUAUAGUGACAGCAGUCACAACAUUGAUCUCGAUGACGGGAGGAGCACGUCAGGACAUGCAUUCUACUACGGUUCAUCAAUAAUCACUUCGACGUCGCAGAAGCAGCAGACGGUUUCAUUGUCAUCAUGUGAAGCAGAGUUCAUGGCAGCAACAGAAGCUGCAAAGCAAGCUAUAUGGAUCAAGGAGUUGUUGAGUGAGAUACUAAGCAAAGAAGGCAAGAAGGUCAAGCUUAGGAUCACAAAAAAUCAGCCAUUGCUCUAA